AUGUGCUUAAAAAUUCAGGUUGUAUACGGUACGACUGGAUCCGUAGGAUCGGGUGAUGAUUCUCGAGUCAUGUCAGAUAAAGUUCAAGUACUUGCCUCAUCGAUUUAUAAAGAAUUCGAAACUAUGAUACAAAAGUCCGGAGAGGAUAGUGUCAAAAAUUUGAUGCCAUUAGUGGUGAACGUAUUGGAAUGUUUGGAUUUGGCGUAUCUGGAGAAGGAGGAAUAUUCGGUUGAUUUGGAGAUGUUGAAAGAGGAUAAUGAACAGCUGAUGACGCAGUACGAACGCGAAAAACAAUUGCGUCGUGCUCAGGAUCAGAAAUGCUUGGAAAUUGAAGACUCAUCAGUGGAGCAGAUUCAUGAAUUGGAAAGUAAAAUCGAAUCACUGGAAUCGAUCAUGCGAAUGCUCGAGUUGAAAGCAAAAAAUGCCUCUGAUCACGGUACUCUCUUCAUACCGAUAACGUAUCUCUGUGCAUUCGGGCUUAAACCCUUGAACCCGAAUGCAAAGUCAUCUUCCUUUUUCAUGGUAUUUGAUCUCGAGAAAUAUUCCCAAUUUUGUUGUCCAUCGACUUCAACACUGUUGCAGUCACUGUAUAAAUAA